AUGCGGAGAGGCGUCACCAUUUUCCUGCUCGUCACCAUAGUCGUCCUCGGCUUCGCGGUACACAGCGUGUGGACACUGCUCGGUCUUCUGAUCGCUUCUGGUCGCGAAGAUGCUAUUCUCCGCGGAGAGCUCCCUGCGCCCAACUCGAGCGCUAUCAAUGAGACGCCGCAAUUGAUUCCCAAGAUCAUUCACCAGACGUACAUCAACGAGAGCAUACCGGCGCACUGGAAGGGCCCUCAACAGAGCUGCUUGGAUCUCCACCCCGACUACGAGUACAAGCUGUGGACCGACAAGAAGUCGCGCGAGUUUAUCGCUGCUGAAUACCCAUGGUUCCUCGAGACCUUCGACGGCUACCCGUAUCCCAUUCAGCGCGCCGAUGCCAUCCGAUACUUUGUUCUGCACCACUUUGGUGGAAUCUACAUCGACCUUGACGAUGGAUGCAACCGCAGCCUCGACCCUCUCCUCGCCUACCCAGCCUGGGUCCGCCGCACAAUUCCCACCGGAAUCUCUAACGAUGCCAUGGGCGCCGUUCCUCGCCACCCCUUCUUCCUCAAGGCCAUUGACUCUCUGACCGACUACAACCGUCGCUGGCCCCUCCCCUACAUCACCGUCAUGGCAUCUACCGGUCCCCUUUUCUUGUCUCUCGUCUGGCGCCACUACAACAACGCUUCCCCAGUCGACGAAAACCGUGUCCGCAUUCUCUUCCCCGAGGAAUACAACAACCACCCUUGGUCCUUCUUCACCCACCACCUUGGCAACAGCUGGCACAGGACAGACGUCAAGAUCAUUUUCUGGCUCGCCAAGCACUGGUUGCUGGUCACGAUCCUUGGAUUCGUGGUUGGCUUCACAAUCUUGGGUAUGCUGUACAAGUUCUUUGUGCUCAACAAGCGAUCAACUGGCCCCGGCAGCCCGAAGAUGCGCCUCUUCAACCAGAGGAUGCCUUUCUACCGCCGCAUCAGCCAGAAGAGAAGCUUCGAGCUGGACGAUCGCCAUGAGGUUUAG